UUGGGCCUAAUCGGUGCUCUAGGCGGGCCCGUCGCUUAGGCGGAUCCAGGCGUGCGCCUAGGCGUGAUAGAGCGGAGAAAAGCGGCGAGGAGGCGGCGCAAGGCAGAGCAAGGCGGACCGGAGAUGGAGCGGGAGAGGUUGCAAGCAUGGACGGGAAGGAGCGAGAAGAUCGCUAGAAAAUGGAGAAGAUUGCGGGAAGUUUGCUGGCUGAAGGAAAGGAGAGAUUAGGGUAGGCUUUGCAUAUAUAUACACACAAAAGGGGUGGCGGCGGCUCGAUCUAUUCCGUCGUCUCUUCGUCCUCCGGCUGCCGAGACGAAGAGAUUCACCUCAUCCUCUCACCACGCAGCCAUGGCUUCUUCAUCCCCGCCAUCCCGCGCAGCCAUCUGAGGUCCCGCCUUCUUCCGUACUGUAGUUGUUCUCGACAGCUCAUACUACGAGGAGGUUAAAGACGGCUGGUCAUAUCUAGCACCUGAAGAAGCAACGGAAGUAUCAGCUAGUCUGAAGGAUGUCCGACACAAAUGCAACAUCGGCAUCGCAGGAAGAGAAUGUCCUUAAGAGAAAGUCAGAUGAUGUGGGAUGGGAGUACGGGAGUCUAGCUGAUGCUUCCAACAAGGAUAAAGUGAAGUGUAUGUUCUGUAACCAUGUGAGCACGGGAGGUGUUUAUCGUCACAAGCAGCAUGUGGCUCAUAUUGGUAAUGCUGUGGUCAAAUGCAAGAAAAGCUCUCAGGAAGCUAAAGACAGGUGCAAGAAAUCUCUUGAGGAUGCAUCUAAUAAGAGGAGGGAAAAGACUGCCCGUGAGCAAGAGCUUAGACAAAGUAUGAACAUUUCUCGCGUUGGAGAUGAAGAUGCUGCUCAUAUCGAAAGCACGGAGCCACACAAAUUAGGUCCUAUUGACAAGUGGGCACGGCCUAUUGAUCCUAAAUUGACUCAAGCUGAAGCCUUGCAUCAACAGAAGAUAAAUAAGGAAUUUUGGAAAAAGAGAACACAUGAAGUGCAACAGUAUGUGGCUAGAUGGGUGUACAAUCAUGCUAUACCAUUCAAUGCUUGUGACAACGAUGAUUUCAAGUUAAUGUGUGAAGCCAUUGGGAGGUUUGGUCCUGGAUUUGAGCCGCCAUCUAAACAUGACCUUCGAGAGACUUUGCUGAGUGAGGAACAUGCAAGAGUGAAGAGUUUGCUGCAAGAACGUGAUGCUGAAAAGAUGAAGAAUGGCUGCUCCAUUAUGAUUGAUGCUUGGUCAGAUAGGAAGAGGAGAAGCAUAAUGAACUUGUGCACAAACAGUGCUGAUGGUUCUAGUUUUAUAAGGUCGAGUGAGAUGUCGGCUGUAUCGCACACAAGUGAAGUCAUCUUCCAAUUAGUGGAUGAAGCAAUUGAAGAAGUAGGUCCUGAAAAUGUGGUCCAAGUAGUGACUGAUAAUGCUUCUAAUAACAUGGGGGCAAAGAAGAUGUUGUUGGAGAAGCGGUCGAACAUGUUUUGGAGCUCUUGUGCGACGCACACCAUUAACUUGAUGUUGCAAGGAAUUGGCGAUCUGCCAAGGUUUAGUAAGGUACUUGAAAAAGCAAAAGCAUUCACUAUCUUUGUCUAUGGGCACACACGGACCUUGGACUGCAUGAGACACUUCUCUUCAGGGAAAGAGAUCAUAAGGCCAGGGGUCACUAGGUUUGCUUCUGCUUAUCUAACUUUGGAAAGCCUUCUAGAAAAAAAGGAUCAACUGAGGAAGAUGGUGGUUGAUGGUAGAUGGGACAAACUAAGACUAGUUAAAUCAAAAAAGGGAAAGGUAGCAACAGCUACGAUGAUGAGCAUGGCUUUUUGGAAAGAUUUGAAGCUUUGCCUGAAUGUCUUUGAGCCUUUGGUAAAAGUCCUUCGUUUGGUUGAUGGGGAUGUCAAGCCAUCUAUGGGUUUUGCCUAUGGAGAAAUAGUGAAGGCAAAGAAAGAGAUCAAGGAAGUCUAUGGCAAUGUGGAGUCACGUUACAAAGAUGUGAUUAAUAUUGUUGAGAAAAAGAUGAAAGAUCGACUUGACUCUCCGUUGCACUUGGCUGCAUACUUACUGAAUCCAUAUUAUAGCUAUGUUGAUACUAAUAUUUUUGAUGAUGGGACAAUAACUGAAGGGUUCAUUAGCUGUGUGGAGACCUUUUAUUAUGGUGAUGAUGACAAGCAAGAUCAAGUUGUCAAUUUUGAAUUAAAGAGAUUCCAGAAUAGAGAAGGAUCAUUUGCAAAGAAGCUUGCGAGGAGUUGUCAGAAUUUUGAUUAUAAUGUAGCAUCUUGGUGGAGGCUCUAUGGAACUGAAGCACCAGCUCUUCAAAGGAUGGCUGUGAGAAUCCUCUCAUUGACCUCAAGUUCUUCGGUCUGUGAAAGGAAUUGGAGUACCUUCGAAAAUAUUCAUACGAAGAAAAGAAACAGGCUAACUACAGAACGUCUAAACUCUCUUGUGUUCAUACAAUUCAACUCGAGAAUGAUGGCCAAGAAACAAAUGAUCAAGGAGAAGAAGAUCAUUGAUGUCCUCUUAUCCGCUGAAACUACCGAAGCUCAAGGUUUUCUUUUUGAGGGCGGAGAUGAUUAUGCAGAAAUCGUCUAUAGGGAUGAUGAUGAGGAGGAGAUGGAUAGUACAGGGAUGCCAGGGAGUGGCAUUGGAGAAGCGAUGAGAGUCAAUGAAUUGCUCGAGCCACGUAGAAGUGUGAGACUAAGACAACUUUAUGAAGAAGAAGAAUUCGAUUCUGAAGAAGAGGAGUUUGAUGAUGAUGAGGAGAUGCAUUCAGAUGAGGAGAAUGACUAUUGAUAAUUGAGGAGGCCCAAAUGCAGGGUGUCUUUUCUUAAGUACUUUUUUUAUCACAUAUCUUUAUGUCAUUGAGUCAAACUGUUCGUGUGUGCGUCCGUGUGGAAUUUCCCUUUUUGAUUGUGAGAGAAGUCUUCCCAAUAAGAUUCUAGGAAUUAAAGAACUUCAUUUUGAUGUGUGAACUGUUGAGCUCAUAAUUUAUAAGGCUAUGCUAAUUGGGUCUUGUGUGAUA